AACGCUAGUCUGUUGUUUUUGCUGUAUUUAUUCUCUGAAUAUUUCGUAAAGGUCAUUCGCAUCGCUUAUAUAUUUCAGCUGCAAACAAGGAAGGUCGAAUUUAAUUUCCAUCAAUGGAAUAUGAGCAGCUGGGCUGCCUGAAGUUGGCGGGGCUGUCUGACGCGAAGAACAACCUCAAGUGGUCUUCGGACGAUAAAAUCGCCGUGGUGACUCGCAAGGGCGUACACGUCGUGACGCCGUCCAAGACCUGCUCCGGAGCGAAAGAACUGCAGUUGCUGUCCAGCCUGGUCGAAGUGAAGAAUGAGUAUCCAACGCACUACACAGGUCUCGAUGCAGAUGAACUGUUCCAGACCACAGAUGAAAAAUGGGACGUCUAUGAGAUGAUGCUGGACCCUCUACUCUUCAGGGGUGUCAAACAGACAGAAAACCAACCACCGUAUCCGUUGCAGGCAGAAUGGUCACCAAAUCGGAUUCCUGGACUCGAAAGUUGCGUGCUUGCUGUGCGAUCGAGUUCAGGAGGCGUUUACGUCCACUGCAGUAAAAUGCAGAACUGGCUGGAGCUGUGCGACAUUACGGAAGUACGGCGUGCAGUCGUCUCUCAAAAUUGGACACAAUCGGAGCUCAGCUUCCAGCUUUUAAAAUCCAGAAUCAAUCAGCUGUUGGCCACUGCUCUCUGUUGGGCCGAGAUGGAGAACUCUGAGGAGCCGUUCUUGUGGAUAGCCUACGCGGAUGGCUCGGUGGUUAUGUGGAAGAUCGACUCAGUCGGUGCUGAAAUGCAGCAUUGCAUUGAGCUCAAGUGCAUUUCGAGGAUUUCCCACCUUUCUUUCUGGAAAGAACGCCUGAUUGUUGGAGAGAAUAAUGGAAAAGUGUACCUGGUGAAUACUUCGAGUGGGAAUAUUUCCGAGCUGUGGCCGCACGAAGACGACAUUGCUGUUGAUUCAUCCCUGAGCGUCUCUAUUCAACCUGAAGGCUGCUGCUUCGUGGUCGUGGUGAAAGGCAGCUGCUUGGUCGCCGCCGCUGUCAACGAGGACGGAGACGCCAAGCAAAUUGGGGCCAAGAACUUUGGCAGUCUUGGAGUUUCAGGACUGAUUCACAUCAAGGACAACAAGUUUUUGAUCUCGCAUCUCUGCGGCUCGAUAGAAAUGGUGACACUUAUGCCGAGCAAAUCGUCGAUCGAGUUCAUAUCGCACCCGCUGAAUCACAAACUCAACUCAAGCUACGUUAACACUCACGGCAUCGCUGUCUCGCGCAAUCGGAUCAUUUACGCCGUGACCCAGAGUGUUUUUGCCCUUCACGAUCAUUUGCUGCUGAGAGAUCCGACGACCCUCACUUUCUUCACGUUCAGCAGCGCUGAGAGGGUGUGGCCGCUGCUCGGAAGCCUCGAGUCUGUGGAAAAGCUGCAGUUUUCCCGGAUAUGGGACAUAUUUGAAAUUAUCAGACUCACUGGUGGAGUGGCUUACUGGCAAGACAAAGAGCGCAUUGAACUGGUGGAGAAAAUCCCUGUUUUGCACAGGAAGUUGCUAGCAGUGAGUCUUGAAACUGCGGUAAUGCAGGAGCAAGAGGACGAGGUUGCCCGAUUGAAACGAGCCUUGGACAAACUGGACAAGAGUAUUCUAGCCCACAGCUUCUUAAAACGAGUGACUCACGUGCCGGAGGAGCCAACGCUCGCCGAGCUUGUUAGUCUGCAACUGAUGACGUGUUUCCUGAAAAAUCUGCGUUCAGGAAACCCCUGGAUAUUCACUAGCCAAGAAAUGGAGAUCAUCAACAACCUUCCCAAAAUUGAAGCGGUUGAGAAGUGCACCAUCUGCGCUGAUGAUGUGAUUACCCCAGAACUGAUGGAGAUGAAGUGUGUGCGUGGGCACACGCUGCCCAGAUGCUGCCUCACCAUGACGCAAUGCUGUGAAACACCUUACAGGAUCUGUCAAACUUGCCAUCAGUGCUGCCUCCUCAAUCCUUAUUUUGAUGCUGAACCACGGUGUGUGUUUUGCAACGAGAUGAUGGAAGAAGAGACGUUUUAGGCAUACCAACAAUUCAAUUUUUCCAAUUUCAAUUUUAUUAUUCACAUCAGAAAAUAUCUGUACAUUUCGCUAAACAACUAGAAAACAUGCUGACUAGAUAUUCGGCUGUAUUCCUAUUAAAAACAAAAAUAGAUCACGACCAGUCGUACAUGAAGGCGUCCAAAGGGUUGGCGCAGAAGGGCGCGGGCAAAUCCUGCUUGUCCUGCGGCUCAUCAAGACUGCUGACAAUGAGCAGGGGGGCGUCCUCCCGGUCGUUGAGGCGCAGGUGUCGCAGGCUGGCGUGCAGCGAAUUGGCAAUCAGGUUGCACGUUGACUGACUGAUGCCCUGCGAAAGGGUGCGUGCGAAUGUCAGCGGGUCGUCGGCGCCCUGCACCACCGCCCAGAGCGCCACGAUGUAGUUGCGCGCCAGACGCAGCGUCUCGAUCUUGGACAGCUUGUGAGACUUGCACUGCACCGGCAUGCAACUGAAACAAAUUUAACGGUUUUUGUUCAAUAAAGCUGCAUUUGAAAGAAGUGUUUUGAUCUGUGAAAUGGACCAGCAGUUCUAUGAACUGACGAGACUGUUAUUUUCUUUGUGAAGUGUGAAGUGAUUAAGAUGAAGUGCAUUUUUUACAAUAAAAUGUUUUGUAUACCAAUAA